AUGGCAAGUGUUUUGAUGGAGAUGAUUUGUGGAACCCCGAUACCGGCCGAACACCCCGUGGACGUCGCUCCGUUUGAAGGGACACUCACUCAUGAAGAGGACUCCGGCAAGCCUGCGUCCGCAGCUUCGAGUUUCCCAAACCCGCGUCGUGGUGGACGUCUCGGUCAACGUCGCGGUCGUGUGCAGACCAACAGCGGGGACAGAUGGGCGAACGAUACCAAGCUUUCGCACCGAAAGCCACAUUUUCCUUCCGUGACUAAAGAAUGCAAUGCAACGCCCAACGCCCUGCCUGAGCUCGUGCUUUCAUUGAGGAAAAUGGCACUUGGUUUAUGA